AUGCCGCCUGCUCUCAUGAGUUUGGAUCACGCUGAUAAGGUCGGGAAGUCGGCGGAGAAGAAGGAGGAUGUGAAGGUUGUAAGGAUGACUUUCCCUGUCGCCUUGGCAAGACACGAGAACAGGAAAGCCCCGUCCGAAAUUGACCUUGCGAUACAUUUCAAGCAUGGGAACUAUGCCCGUGUCUACAAGCCUAAACUAUCGCCUAACUAA